AUGUAUGACCAGGUGCCUUACCGAGAUACGGACGAGGCUACUCCGCAAAUCAAAAAUGACGCCUCCGACUCCAACCGCUCCUCCAUCGACACUACUUCAACAACUUCUCUUAUCCUAGAGAGACUCCACCGUGAAGACCCUGACGAUAGCCCCGGUGAAUACGAAUCUUCCGGACCAUCCCAGAGAGGAAAACCAGAUGAAGACGACGACCUCGAAAUUGGGCGUGCUGCCCGUCUCAAGCCUAUGGAAAGGAAGGUUAGGAGGGCUAUGUACCUUCUCGCUUUUCUCAUGAUCGGCGGGUGGUUCUUGGCACUUGCGGUUUAUGUCUCUCGGGAGCACUUCGGAACCCCGGACACCGCUCAUGAUCCUUCGGCUACUGCCACUCGGAAGGCGGGGAAAAAGAUUACACUCAACCAGGUUAUGCGGGGGGCUUGGAGGAGUAAAACUCAUGGGAUUCAGUGGAUCAACGGACCUCAUGGGGACCAAGACGGUUUGCUCCUGACCCAGAACUCCUUCGGGGAUGGCAACUUUCUUGAGGUCCAGGAUGUCAAAAACGAUUCCAAUACGAUCGUCCUUAUAAAGGACGGGGCUUUGCAGGGUAGUGGACAACCAGUCAGUGCCAUUAAAGGUUGGCCAAGCUCGGAUUUGAAGAAGGUCCUUGUGGCCUCAGAUCACGAAAAGAGAUGGCGACAUUCCUAUAAUGCACGAUAUUGGAUCUACGACGUUGAAAAAGCUACUACUGAGCCCCUUGUUCCUUCGGAACCUGAAGCAAGGUUGUCGCUGGCAACUUGGUCCCCCAAGGGUGAUGCGAUCGCAUUUGUGAAGGACAACAAUGUGUUUAUUCGCCAACUCGGCCUAGACUUGACUUCAGAAUACUACUCUGUCACUCAGGUUACUAAAGAUGGGGGCCCCGAUCUCUUCUAUGGAAUCCCCGAUUGGGUUUACGAAGAGGAAGUGUUUUCUGGAAAUAGUGCUCUCUGGUGGAGUCAAGAUGGGGAAUUCCUGGCAUUCUUACGUACCAACGAAACCGAAGUCCCGGAAUAUCCCAUUCAGUAUUUUGUUUCUCGCCCUUCUGGCAAUAAUCCACCCAAUGGGUUGGAAAACUACCCUGAACUUGAAUUUAUCAAAUAUCCCAAGGCUGGAGCCCCGAACCCGGUUGUCCACUUGAGGUUCUACGACUUGAAGAAGAAGGAGGACUUUGCCGUUACGGUUGAGAAUGAUUUCCCCGAUGACGACCGAUUGAUUACGGAGGUUGUGUGGUCUGACGGAAAGUAUCUUCUUGUGAGAGAAACAAAUCGGGAGAGUGAUGUCUUACGCAUGGUCUUGAUCGAUGUUAGUGCCCGAAGCGGAAAGGUUGUCAGAGAAGUGGAUAUUUCUGCUAUCGACGGGGGUUGGUUCGAAGUGUCGAAAAAUACUCGAUAUAUUCCUGCAGACCCUGCAAGCGGGAGACCUUAUGAGGGAUAUAUCGAUACUGUCAUUCACGAAGGAUAUGAUCACCUUGGUUAUUUCACCCCUUUGGAUAAUAAGGAUCCUAUUCUCCUGACCAAAGGUCAAUGGGAGGUAGUUGAUGCUCCAUCUGCUGUGGAUCUCAAGAAUGGUAUCGUUUACUUUGUUGCCACCGAAAAGUCCCCUAUCGAGCGUCACGUUUAUAGUGUCAAACUUGACGGCUCCAAUUUCCGCCCUGUGACGAGCACAUCUGAGGAUGGCCGUUACGAUGUUUCAUUCUCCAAAUUGUCAGGCUAUGCACUCCUGACGUACGAGGGCCCUGGGAUACCAUGGCAGAAGGUUGUGGGCACACCGAGCGGUGAUCAGUCUUUCGUCAAAGAUAUUGAGAAAAACCAAGGUCUUGCAACCCUAGCGGCCAAACAUGAGCUUCCCACCUUCCAUUACUCCACUGUCAACAUUGAUGGGUUCGACCUCCAUGUAGUGGAGAGACGCCCUCCCCACUUUAAUAAAAAACGAAAGUACCCUGUUCUAUUUCAAGUCUACGGCGGACCUGGAAGUCAGCAGGUAUCCAAAUCCUUCAGCAUUGAUUUCCAAGCAUAUAUCGCUGCCGGCCUCGAGUAUAUCGUUGUGACUGUUGAUGGCCGGGGAACCGGUUUCAUCGGGCGCAAAGCAAGAGUGGCUGUCCGUGGCAAUCUCGGAUAUUGGGAGGCUCACGACCAAAUUGAGACCGCAAAGAUCUGGGGGAAGAAGGGCUACGUUGACAAGAAACGGAUUGCGAUCUGGGGGUGGAGUUAUGGCGGGUUUAUGACCUUAAAGACGCUCGAGCAAGACGCUGGUAGGACGUUCUCCUACGGCAUGGCUGUUGCACCUGUUACAGAUUGGAGGUUUUAUGAUUCCAUCUAUACAGAAAGAUACAUGCACACCCCCCAGCACAACCAAGAAGGUUACCGUAAUGCAACCAUUUCCGACACUCAAGCGCUCAGUAAGAGCGUGAGAUUUCUGCUCAUGCACGGGGUAGCAGACGACAACGUGCACAUGCAGAACUCACUUGCACUUUUGGAUAAGCUCGACCUAGCUAGUGUGGAGAACUAUGAUGUCCAUGUAUUCCCGGACUCGGAUCACUCGAUAUAUUUCCAUAAUGCUAACCGAAUGGUAUACGAUCGCCUCGAGCAAUGGCUCAUACGUGCCUUCAAUGGCGAAUUCUUAAAGCUGGAUGGGCUAAAGCCCAUUAGGGAGAUAUCCGAGCCCCUGCGUAAAAGGAACAGAGAGCUUGUUUGAUUAUGGGUCUCGUUUUUGCUCAUUGAAUUGCUUUUGUGUGUAUGUUUUUUUCUAGAU